GCGUCCAGGACACGCCCUGCCAAGCAGCCCCGCGGCGUAGGGCACUCCUCCGGCUGGCAGGGCCCGCAGCCCUCACCUUCAUCCAGUAACCGCUGCCAGCCUCGCUGCAGGGGCGCGAAGAGGUCCGACGAGGAGCAGGGGAGGAAGAGCGGACUGGCAGCCAAGCAAGCCAAUGAGAAGCUCGGUUUGACCCAGGCUAGACCUAUCCAUACAACCCCUUCGGUGAGGGGGCGGGGCUCUCAGCUGCGGGAGACCCGCAGUGCUGCUGUCUCAGGUGAGGCCCGCAGUAGCGGAACACAGAGCCAGGCCUAGGAUGUUCCCGCUGUACAGAUACCAUCAGAAGGAGUGAAAGGCCCGCAGCGCCUUAGACCCCGCCCUCGCCCCAAGGACUAUGUCCUGGCCUGGCCCGAGCGGCCCGCUGCCUCCUGGGUGAGGACAGCAGAGCUGCACAGGACCCCCGGUCCGGGGUUGAGGUUUGAGUGGAUCGUGGGACCACGAAGCUACCCGCUGUCAUGGAUCCCCUGGGCCUGGGAGACCUGUCUUCGGGCUCACUGAGCUCCCUCUCCUCCCGCGGCCACCUGGGCAGCGACACGGGCUCCGCAACGCGAUACCUGCUGAGGAAGCAACAGCGGCUGUUGAACGGGCCCCCCCGGGGAAUCCGAGCCUCCUCACCCAUGGGCAGAGUCAUCCUCAUCAAUUCCCCCAUCGAAGCCAACAGUGAUGAGAGUGACAUCAUCAAUGCAGUCACCGUGGAAAAGAGCCCAUCGGGAAAGCUGGGCUUCAGCGUCCGUGGGGGCUCAGAGCAUGGCCUGGGCAUCUUUGUCAGCAAAGUGGAGCAAGGGAGCAGCGCAGAGAGAGCUGGGCUCCGAGUGGGAGACAAAAUCACCGAGGUGAAUGGGCUCAGCCUGGAGAGCACCACCAUGAGCAGCGCUGUGAAGGUGCUGACGGGGAGCAGCCGCCUGAGUAUGAUGGUGAGGCGAAUGGGCCGAGUGCCUGGGAUCAAGUUCUCCAAGGAGAAGACCACGUGGGUGGAUGUGGUCAAUCGAAGGCUAGUGGUAGAGAAAUGCAGUUCGACACCCUCAGACUGCAGCUCAGAUGAUGGAGUUAGGCGCAUCGUGCACCUGUACACGACCUCUGAUGACUUCUGCCUUGGUUUCAACAUCCGAGGGGGCAGAGAGUUUGGUCUGGGAAUCUAUGUCUCCAAAGUGGACCAUGGUGGACUGGCUGAAGAGAAUGGCAUCAAAGUGGGAGACCAAGUCCUGGCAGCCAACGGAGUGAAGUUUGACCACAUCAGUCACAGCCAGGCUGUGGAGGUGCUGAAGGGCCAGACGCACAUCAUGCUGACCAUAAAGGAGACUGGAAGGUAUCCAGCCUACAAGGAGAUGGUGUCUGAGUAUUGCUGGCUGGACCAAUUGAGCAAUGGGCCCCUGCAGCAGCUGUCACAGACAUCGGAGAGUAGUUCCACUGCAUCCUCUUACUCCUCCAGCAUCCCCUACAGCUCUGGCUCCAGCUGCCUCCCCUUGGACAUGGUGGAUGUUGGCCUGUCUACAGAGGAGCUAGUUGGGCCAGGGGCCAGGGGCUGGGGACGGGCAGACACAGCCAUACAGACUGAGCCAGAGGUCAGCGGGGUAGUGGAGACAUGGUGCAGCGUCCGGCCUACGGUUAUCCUCAGAGACACGGCCAUCCGAUCAGACGGGCCCCUCCUUGCCCGAAGGUCCGGCUCUCGCCUCGACACCGCACUGUCUGAGUCCCCCAAAACAGCCCUACUGCUGGCUCUCAGCAGGCCUCGGCCGCCCAUCACACGGUCCCAGAGCUACUUGACCUUAUGGGAGGAGAAAAAACAGCGACGGAAGGAGAAGUCGGGGUCACCCCCAGAGAAAGGUGCUCUGCAGCGCUCCAAGACACUGAUGAACCUCUUCUUCAAGGUGGGGAAGACUGGGCAGCCAGCAGGAGAUGGCAAGAAUGAGGCCUUAGUGCUGGAGAAUAAGAGCCCUGGCAGGUUCCGUUCACAUCUGGAAGGGGAGAAAGGGGGAUCAGGACCGGUGCAGAAGUUUGUCACCUGGAAACUAAGAAGGGACAGAGAGAGAGCCCAGACCAUGCUCUUCCCUGGACCAGAGGGACACUCUAGCAAACUGCCCAAUGGAGAGGACCGGGUCCAGGCAUGGGAGAGCCGUCUCCCCCUCAUCCAGGACCUAGCCCGGCGCCUUUUGACUGAUGACGAGGUCCUGGCUGUCACUCGUCACUGCACCCGGUAUGUCCGUGAGGGCGGGGUGGAGGACCUGGUGCGGCCACUGCUGGCCAUCCUGGACCGGCCUGAGAAAUUGCUGCUGCUUCGGGACAUCAGGAGUGCAGUGACCCCUGGAGACCUCAGCAAAUUUGACAGCCUAGUGAUGCCCAAGGAGCUUGAAGCAUAUGAAGCACUCAAAAGCCGAGCAGUGAGGCCUCCAGCUCUUCGACCCACCCGGCAGGACACACCACCCAAACGCCACCUCAUCACACCUGUGCCUGACAGCCGGGGAGGCUUCUACCUGCUCCCAGUGAAUGGCUUCGCGGAGGAGGAGGAGGAGGAGGAAGAGGCGGCGGGUGCGCUGGGCCAGCGGCUGGCGGGGCUGCAGGUCUCGCCGCCCGCGGACACCCAGAGCGAAGCCCCGGCGCCGGCCGCUGCCCCUCGCCGCUCGCACAAGUCCUUCCCCCCGCUGCGGGACGUUCCGGUGGACGCCUUCUCUUGCCCCGGCCGCCGCAGCGCGUCCCCCCAGCCGCCGCCGCCUCGGCCGCCCCCGGUAGCUCCCCGGCCCCCGAGGCCCAACUGGCUGCUGAGCGAGCCCCCGGCGCGGGCGCGCGAGGAUGCCCGACGCAGCCGGAGCCGGGGUCGCAGUCGCAGUCGCAGCCGCAGCCGCAGCCGCGGGAAGUCCCCCGGCAGGAGACGCUCCCCGUCCCCCGCUCCCGGGAACGGGCGUUACGGCAAGUGCCGCCGCUCGCGACUUCCCCUCCCCGGACCCAGCCCGCAGGGGAUCGCGAGGAGCCCCGACCUUCUUGGAGGGACCCGGGAGCAAGAGACGUCUCCAGCCCACGAUGGAGAAGGGGAACUCAGAACCGUCACUCUCUCCAAGCUCAGACAAUCCCUGGGAAUAAGCAUUUCCGGGGGGAUAGAGUCCAAGGUGCAGCCCAUGGUGAAGAUUGAGAAGAUCUUUCCCGGAGGGGCAGCCUUCCUCAGUGGGGCUCUGCAGGCUGGCUUUGAGCUUGUGUCGGUGGACGGGGAGAGCCUCCAACAGGUGACUCACCAGCGAGCUGUGGACACCAUCCGCAGGGCCUAUCGAAACAAGGCUCGGGAGCCCAUGGAGAUAGUGGUCAGGGUCCCCCACCAUCAUCCUUCAGCACAUCCCAUCAUCUCUUAGCCCAGGUCACACUCCCUCAAUGAUCCUUUCCCAGCUAAAUUAACAGAGAUCAGGAUCAUCCCCUCCAGCACUACCAAAAGUUCCUGGAUGACCACAACGACUUUCUUUAAUCCAUUUUAUCCUAUAGUCUCAUAUCAGAAACAGGGCAGGAGAUCUGUGGUCAGGCCAGACAGUGGACAAUGGUGCUACUCAUCAGCCUUCCCCACUUCCUAACCCCCCCCCCAUUCCUCCCUAAUCCCAGCAGAGCCUCAAGUCUAAGGCCUAUGGUCAGGGGUCAGAUCAGGCUGAGAGUAAGGGUUAGGGUCCUUCAUCUCUGCCCUGUCUGGUGUCCCCCAGAUAGGACCCUCUACAAAGGUCUCUUCGAGUGAGAGAGGAGCAGGGGCUAUGUCAUCCAGCCCCUGCUUCUGUACCUC